AUGGAAGACAUCUGCGGACCGAAGCUCGGUAAAGACGCGCAGGCCGGACAGGCGCCCGAGGUCGUGAGGCAAGACCCAGCCGAACUGGCUUCCGAAGCUGUGAGAAUGGACUCGGAUAUCCGAGCCCAACAAGCUCCCGAAGUGGUGAGGAUGGACUCGGAAAGACGGGCACGGCAGGCGCCCGGGGUUGUUGCCAUGGACCCGGAUGUCCGAGCAGAGAUGGCACCAGAGGUUAUAGGGACAGCCUACGGAAAGCAAGCACAACAGCCGCCACUGAACCCAACAACAAACUCACCAUUCACCCUCCCAAUAUCCGCUUGGGGCCUGCAAUCCAAUCUCCCCGUCCACUCCAUCAAACACCCCGCGGCAAUCCCCCAGAUCAGACCCGAGGCAACAGCGCCCUUCCUCGCAGCCACAGCCCCGUCGCUCCAAGCCCACGGCAUCCAAUCCGACGUCUGGCUCUCCUUCCUCUCGACCAUGUCCGCCUGCGUCACAACAGCCAAGGUCUCAAACCACAAGGCUAACAUGGCCAAAGACCUCGGCAAGGGCGCCUUCAAGUUCGCCCGCGCGGCGAGCGGCAGGAUUAGGGACGCCGGGAAGAGGGGCGACCUGGCGCGCGCCGGCUGGGCCGUCGUCGGCGCCGCGGUGAGCAUCCCGGUCGUCACCUCCCUCAAUCUCGUCGGCGCGGGCGUGGCGUUGCCAUUCGUGGCGCUCGGGGCCAUAGGUCGGAAGCCGCAGACGCCGCUGGAGCGGGCGGCAGCGUAUGCCGCGGCGGCGAACGAGGAGUGGCUGCACCCCCUGGGGCUGCACGCGCAGCUACAGCACUCGGCGCAGCUGUGCGGGGCGCUGGGGCUGCUGGCGGCGGCGCUGGAUGAUCUGACGACGGAGGCGCAGGGACCGGAGGAGAGGGGGCGCAUUGUGAGGGCCCAGCUGGAGGUGCUGGGGGAGUAUACGAGUCGGAUAGUUGUGGUUGAUGAGACUACUCCCCUGCUUGAGUUGGGGACGGAUACGCUUUGGUUGGUUGUUGCGAGGAUGGAUGGCACUGAUAUUGCUUAG